AUGGCACCCACACAAUUGGAAAUCAAAGUCAAGGCUUUAAAGAGGCUAGUCAAAGAAGAGGGUUACUACCAACAAGAACUAAAAGAUCAAGAAGCUCAUGUGGCGAAACUCAAAGAGGAUAAAAGCGUUGAUUCAUACGAUUUGAAAAAACAGGAAGAAGUUCUUGAUGAUACCAAAAGACUACUGCCCACUUUGUAUGAGAAGAUUAGAGAAUUCAAAGAAGAUUUGGCACAAUUCCUAGAAUCGUACCAAGGUACUGAAGAUGUUAGUGAAGCAAAGACUGUCAUUACCUCUGCACAAGAAUUAGUCGCAUCUAAAUAA